GCCCGCGGAAAUGGGCGAGCACAACCUCCUUAAUCCCGGCUUUGUGGGACCUCUGGUGAACAUCCACACGGGAGACACCUUCUACUUCCCCAAUUUCCGUGCCUCCGGAGGGCAGCUGCCCGGUUUGCCUUCCCUCUCUUACCCACGACGAGAUAACGUCUGUUCCUUGCCCUGGGCAUCCUCGGAACCCUGCAACGGGUACCCUCAACCCUACCUGGGGAGCCCCGUCUCCAUUAACCCUUCCUUCGGCAGAGCCUGUGACCUCGCCCGAGUGGAGGAAAGCAAAUGUUAUUACCGGGAAACCUGCUCGGAAGCCAGCGGGCUAAAAAGGGAGGAGAGGGGCAGGGACAGUGCCUUGCUGCCCCUCGAAUCUAGCCUCCCUACUGGCAUGGGGGGCAAUUUCAGCAAAUAUGACUAUCCGAGCAGCGAAGCGGUGCCCCACGACCCUCCGUCCUGCCAGUCCUUGGAGUCAGACUCCAGCUCGUCCUUGCUCAAUGAAGGGAAUAAAGGCACGACCGGAGAAGCUGGGGGUCUGGUGUCCCCCCUGAACCAAGGCAGCACUUUAGGCAACGGUGGUGCUCCUUGGUACCCGAUGCACACACGAUCCCGGAAAAAACGAAAACCCUAUUCCAAGCUGCAGCUGGCAGAGCUGGAAGGGGAGUUCAUGGUCAAUGAAUUCAUUACUCGCCAAAGAAGGAGGGAGCUCUCAGAUCGAUUAAACCUGAGCGACCAGCAGGUGAAGAUCUGGUUCCAGAACCGGCGGAUGAAAAAGAAAAGACUCCUCCUGAGAGAGCAAGCCCUUUCUUUCUUCUAAAGUUUGCAAAACGUCCGUGUCGGGUAUUAAAACAACCCCCUCUCGCCCCCAAAAUACCAACAAAAAUACCCCACAUAGACUCUAGCGUUCACCCGAGCUGCCGGGACUUCACCUGAUCACUCUUAAUCUCCUCCACCACCCUUCCCUCCCCAGAAAUCAAUGAAUAAAGACAUAAUAUUAAUAAAUAA